UUGCCAAAGUCGAAUGGAAAUAAUCUGUGGUGUUUUUCUGCUUCUGGGCUUAUGGAUAGUUGACGAUUCUGCAGGUGUAUUGGGUCAAUGUGACGGUAACGCCUUGUCUGUUCCUGUACCAGACUUUGACAGGCUUGUAUAUACCUAUCCCAUUAAUUCAUCUGUAAACUAUGAAAAAGAUAUAAACUGUGACUGGGUAUUUGAAUCGACGGAUACGAGCCUCGUCUUUAUAUUUCAUGUGGCGGAUCUAUUGGUUCAUUGUGGAGACAUUCUAAAAGCAUAUGAUGGAACAAGCCUUAGUGCUCCGGAGCUGACCACAUCGAUUUGCUCUAACUCUGGUUCGUCCAGUACCACGCCCCUUUACACUACGUCGUCCAAUCAAAUGUUUGUAAACUUUAAUACAGACAGUGACACAAAUAGUAACCAGGAGAAGGGUUUCGUUCUUAAAAUAAUCUCUGCAAGAUCGAUAGCUUACGCAUCUGACGCUUGCAAUUCCAAUGUGAAAACGUUGACAUCAAACUCAAAUGAACAGUUCUUAACAUCACCGUUCUUUCCGGAAAAAUACCUAAGCAAUACGUCUUGCACAUGGAACAUUACAUCACAAACAGCAGACUCUACAAUGAUGGUAACUGUGCGUUUUCUAGACACGGACACCACAGUUGAUUCAGCAUGCAUAGAUUACAUAACUUUGAGUGACGGCAAAACUGAAGGACAGUUAUGUGCCCGUGCUAGCUUCGAUCCACAGACUCGAACUAUCAACACCUCAUUUGUUCUUGUACAAUUCUAUUCUGAUGGAGAGAGUGAAGGAAGGGGCUUCCUUUUGGUUUACAAUACUAUCGAGGACUCUUCCACCAGUUUGCCAACUACAAUAACAACAACUACAGAACCAACAACAACUACUGAACCAACAACAACCACUGAACCAACAACAACUACUGAACCAACAACAACUACUGAAUCAACAACAACUACUGAACCAACAACAACUACUGAACCUACAACAACUACAGAACCUACAACAACUACUGAACCUACCACCACAACAGAACCUACAACAACUACUGAACCUACAACAACAACCGAACCUACAACAACUACUGAACCUACAACAACAACAACAGAAUCUACAACAACAACCUCUACAACAACUUUGGGUGCUUCAACAUCUGUAGAAUCAAGUUCAUUUUCAAUCUCCUCUUCUACAACAUCAACAACAGAAUCCAACUGGUUAACUUUAAGAAGUGAAGUAACGUUUGAAGCAGUGAUAGUUCUAGCAGUGUUCUCUUUUGUAGUUUUUGGUUUAGGUAUAACUGCCACAACUGUGUUUUGUUUUUCUACCAAAAAACCUGUACAAAAACAAAGUUCUACCAUGUCAUCAGAUUCCAAACCUACGAGCAGACACUGGAGUUACUGCUUUGAUGAAGACAAUACUCUUACCAAUCAAUCUUACAGAGCAUGACACAUGAAAAAAAUAAACAUUUCAAAUAUUUUACAUAUUUAUUUGUUGGUUAUUGGCUUUAAUUUGAGCAAGUGUGCUCGUAUUAUAUAACUUUGUUCAACAAUGAAGAGUACAUAUCUUUUUAAUGAUACGGAUACAAAAUAGAAGAAGAUUGACUGAAUUAAGGAUAAAUUAAUCACCUAAGCUAUGUCUUUAUACUUUGGGAAUCUAUUAUAUUCAGAAUCCGUCAAAGAAAUCAAUUCAUGCAUCAUUUUUUUGUGUUAUGUAUCCUUAAAGUUGCGUCAGAAAAAAAGAUAGUUGUUAUCUAUAUAAAUUAUGUUUUAUUGUCUUUAUGCAAGAAAUACAAAAUUUUAAUGAAAAAAUUGCUCCAUCAGUAUUUAUGCUCAAAAUGAAUGUAAAUUAUUAUUUAUAAAGGAUCUAGCUUGGCAGUCUCUAUGAGAUUUUAAAACAGAA